GGGCAGUAUUUGCAGAAGUUGUUUCAGCUUCCGGUAGAAGAGUCUCUUCUAUUUAUUUAUUUUGUAUUACUGUUCGACUUAUUUUGAAUAUAUUUGUUUUCGACUGCGAAAAAUUCAUUUGCAAGUGGUGGCAGUUCUGCUUUUCUUUUAGGUGCACUAUGCGUGAAAGCAGUAAUUUUUAUGUUAAAUUAAGAUGCUUAAAGAUCCUUCACACCGAAUUUAAUGAAGUAAUGCAUAAAAAAGGAAAGACAGAAAAAAAUAGUCACGUUCUGCUAUAACUUCAGGGAAAGACAACGAAACUUCCAGUAGGAUUUUUUUUUUUUUACUAGAUUGGAAAUAUUACUGAUAGCAAAAUUUAAUAACUGAAACAAUUUUUUUAAUCAGAGCUACAAGCAAGUUUUUGUGUAAGUAGUUGAAAUUUUUACUAAUUCAAGUUAUGCUGUUACAAACAUUUAACGACAAAAACUAAUAACUUUCGUGAAUUUAAGAAAUGAAUUCAUUUUCUUCAGAACGUUCUACUAAACUACUUUCUUUAGUUAAGAAUCUAAUACUUUCGCCUCAGCUCAGAAAAGCAUCUCGCUCUGCAGUAUUAAACAAGGGAAAAGGACUGCAAGACGAAGAUGUUGAGGCCAUUUUAACAGAUCCCGAAAAGCAACAAAAGUGGAAAAAAUUGCAGAAACCAAUAACUGUUCCAGCCUAUGUUGAUAUUUCACCUAUUACUGCAGUCCCGGAUGAGCAUAUCAAAUCAAGAUUAGUUUACAUUUUUAAGCCAGCUAGAAAUCCUAUGCAAUCUGGUACUUUUGGCACUCAAAAAUGGAAAAUUGUGUUCGAAAUUCGCAUGGUGUGGGAAAAUCCCCUUAUAGGUUGGGCAUCUACGGGAGAUCCCCUAAGUGGUAUGGAUAUUGAAUUUGAGAGUAAAGAAGAUGCAAUUGCUUUCUGUGACAAAAAUCAGUGGCGGUAUUUUGUCGCGGAACCUAAAGUAAACGUAACCAAGUUUAAAAUAAAAAGAUACGGUGACAAUUUCUCAUGGAAUAAAAGAACAAGAGUAUCGACCAAAUAGGUGCUUUUACUACAAAUUAGCACUUGUCGUAAAUCCCCUUAUGGUAAAAUUCAAGUAUACGUUACACGUUUGGCGUGAUUUUGAAAAAUGUCGCCAAAAUUUGCAAAUCUAAAACUCAACCACAAAAUCACACCUCGAAUUCUAAAAGGCAUAAGCAAAAUGUUUAAAAAGCAAUGACCCUCUGAAUCUCUCCAAAUCUUCAACUACAGACUGCAAACGUUAUCGAAUUUUCUCAAAAUAAGAAACUUUAAACUUACUUUGAAUUAAAAAGUUAUAAUCGUAGAACUACAUUCAACAUAAAAUAUUUUUAAUUUUUAAAAAUCGCCAAAUUUGGCGAUGAAAGCACCAUUUUGUAAAACUACUAAGAAAUGUUGAAAUU